AUGGCCAUCAAACCCGCCGUCAACGGUUGCGCCAAUUGCUCCCCCCUCGACCUCAACAACAACUAUGUCCAGAUCAUCAACGGCAAGGUCGCGCCGACGGCCCAGACCCGGCACGGCCUGAACCCGGCCAACCUGAAGCCCAAGCCCGAGGUGCCUGUGGCCACGGAGGCAGACGUCGAUGCGGCCGUGGCAGCUGCCAAGGAGGCCUUCAAGACGUGGUCCAAGGUGCCGUACGAGGAGCGGCGCAAGGCCGUGCUCGCCUAUGCCGAUGCCAUCGACCAGUUGCGGACGGAGUUCCGCGAUCUGCUCAUUUCGGAGCAGGGCAAGCCUAUCCCCCAAGCCGACUCCGAGACCGACUGCGCCAUCUCCUGGAUCCGCGGCAUGGCCGACAUCAAACUGCCCGAGGACCUGAUCGAGGAGAACGAGCACCGCACCGUCAUCACUCGCCACACGCCCAUCGGCGUUGUCGCCGCCAUUAUCCCGUGGAACUUCCCCUUGCUGCUGGCGACGGGCAAGAUUGCGCCCGCUCUGCUGACAGGAAACGUCAUUAUCGUGAAGCCUUCCCCAUUCACCCCCUAUUGCGGUCUGAAGCUCGUCGAGCUGGCGCAGCGGUUCUUCCCCCCGGGUGUCGUCCAGUCUCUCAGUGGUGACGACAACCUCGGCCCGUGGCUGACCAGCCACCCUGGUGUCGACAAGAUCAGCUUCACGGGCUCGACGACGACCGGAAAGCGGGUGAUGGAGAGCGCUAGCAAAACACUUAAGCGAGUGACCCUAGAGCUCGGUGGCAACGACCCAGCCAUCGUCUUCCCCGACGUCGACGUCGACGCUGUUGCGCAGAAAGUAGCCUUUUACGCAUUCCUCAACUCGGGCCAGGUUUGCAUCCCUACAACCCCUCUUCUAACAGCAAGACUAACGGCACAGAUCUGCCUCAACCUCAAACGGCUCUACGUCCACGAGAGCAUCUACGAGCCGUUCAAGGCGGCUCUGGUCAAGCACGUCCAGUCGUACACGCUGGGCGACGGCUCGCAGCCGGGCAUCAGCCACGGGCCGGUGCAGAACAGCAUGCAGUUCGAGCGCGUCAAGACCUUCUUUGACGAUAUCGAGAAGCAGGGGUGGAAGGUCGCGUGUGGAGGAAAGAUUGAGCCGUCGCCGGGGUACUUCAUCACACCGACGGUGAUCGACCGGCCGCCGGAGGAUUCGCGGAUUGUGGUGGAGGAGCCGUUUGGCCCCAUCGUCCCCCUCCUCACCUUCACCACAGAAGAAGAAGUCAUCGAGCGCGCCAACAACACCAACAUGGGCCUCGGCGCCUCCGUCUGGACCAACGACCUCAGCAGAGCCUCCCGCGUUGCCCGCCAGCUGCAGGCGGGCAACAUCUGGAUCAACACGCACUUUGACCUGUCGCCGAUGGCGCCGUUUGGGGGGCACAAGGAGAGCGGGAUUGGUAGUGAGUGGGGGGCGAAUGGGCUCAAGGCGUUUUGUAAUGUGCAGACGUUGUUUUUAAAUAAGAAGGUUGUCACUGCUGCUUAA